CUUUGGGGUGGGAUAUUUACGUUAUAACCCACUUGAGUAUAGUGUAAAACUGUACAUGGAUACACAAAUGAAUUUUUGUUUUAGAGGAUUUCUCACCAAUUUGGGCUUAUGCUUUCAACAUGGUCCACCACCUCUGAUAUCAAUGCAACUAAUUUCUACGUGCAAAUGGUUGGAAACUGCUUCAGCACAAGGUAUCAAAUUGUUUAGACAUUAAAGGGUUAAAGAUUUGUAAUUAGUGACAAAAUAUAAUUAGAGCAGUUUAUUUAUAUUUUAUAUAAAACUGAUUGAUGGUUUUAGGAGAGGGACACUUGAAUCCAGAUCUGUUGAUGAUGCUCAGAUGUGGGUGUUGGAUGCUUCUUAUUCACAUUUUUGUCUGUGAACUAAAAUUUUCCCCUGUGGCAAUGAACUGUACAUUAGACCCUCUCUCUCUCUGUGUUCAGGCUGCUGUUACUGUGAAGAUCACGUACAAUACACAUCACUACCUUUGCCAGUAAAGGAGGAACAUUUAUAAGAAUAUCUGACAGAUUCAGUUGCUGAACAAGACAAUGUCUGACAAGAACCAAACCUCAGAGCUUCCUGAUGCACACAGAGGGCGUCUAGAGGAAAACUCGGGCACUGGGAUAUUAAAUGUGAAGGAAGAGAAUGAGACCGAUGACAUGAAUAGUCAUCAGACUGAAAUACAUUGCUCCCUCCCUGACGACGCAGAUACCUCUGAUAUAGUGAAAGUUGAGAUAACAGAAGAUCUGUGUUUGAGGCAUCAGCUGGAAGCACCAGAUGAAGAAACCAGUGACAGCAUCAACUCAGGUUAUAUGGAUGUGAUGCCUUCAGAUGACUCAGUGGUUGAGCACGGAGGAGAACCAUAUGUGUGUGUUCAGGUGAAGACUGAGGAAGAUGAAGUUCCUAUAAAUACAGGUGAAUUCACAAGCAUUAAUCCUAGUCAUGGUCAAAGUACAAAUGAUUCUUUAAAUCUUCUUCAAAAUCAAAGAAGCCUCAUGGGGCAUUUAUGUUCUGAAUGUGGGAUUUAUUUUACCCAGAAAUCACAUCUUAUUAGUCAUCAGAAAAUUCAUACAGGAGAGAGAAUAUUUCCAUGUUCUGAGUGUGGAAAAUGUUUUAACCAUGAAGGAAGUCUUGUUGCUCAUCAGAAAAUUCAUACAGGAGAAAAUGGAUUUCCAUGUUCUGAAUGUGGGAAAUGUUUUCUUUAUAAAACAAAUCUUUAUAGACAUCUGAAAAUUCAUACAGGAGAAAAUAAGUUUUCCUGUUCUAUAUGUGGGAAAUGUUUUAACCGUAAAGAAAAUCUUGUUGUUCAUGAGAAAAUUCAUACAGCAGAAGAAGGAUUUUCAUGUUCUGUAUGUGGAAAAUGUUUUACUCGGAAAUCAUAUCUGAUUGUCCAUCAGAAAAUUCAUACAGGAGAGAAAGCAUUUUCAUGUUCUGACUGUGGAAAAUGUUUUACUCUGAAAUCAACACUUAUUACUCAUCAGAAAAUUCAUACAGGAGAAACGCCAUUUUCCUGUUCUAUAUGUGGGAAAUGUUUUAACCGUAAAGGUAAUCUUGUUGAUCAUCAGAAAAUUCAUACAGGAGAAAAGGAAUUUUUAUGUUAUGAAUGUGGGAAAUGUUUUCUCAGCAAAUCACAUCUUUAUAGACAUCUGAAAAUUCACGCAGGAGAAAAUAAAUUUUCCUGUUCUGUAUGUGGGAAAUGUUUUAAUCGUAAAGAACAUCUUGUUGCUCAUCAGAAAUUUCAUACAGAAGAAAAGGGAUUUUUAUGUUCUGAAUGUGGGAAAUGUUUUCUUAAAAAAUCACAUCUUUAUAGACAUCGGAAAAUUCAUACAGGAGAAAUGCCAUUUUCCUGUUCUAUAUGUGGGAAAUGUUUUAACCGUAAAGAACAUCUUGUUACUCAUCAGAAAAUUCAUACAGGAGAAAAAAGAUUUUCAUGUUCUGAAUGUGGGAAAUGUUUUACUCUGAAAGCAACUCUUUUAAGGCAUCAGAAAAUUCAUAUUAAAGGAAAUCAAGAAAACCAGAAUUUAACCUCUUAAGUUCAGAGGGACACGUAGUUGUCACCCACACAAUACCUAGUGCUGAUAAUGACUACAUGUUGUCCUCUGGGGGCACACAUUUUGGAAUUAUUUGAGGUCCCUUCUGCACCUCAAGCGGUUACCAGGUGGCCGAUUUUAUUAAUUAUCCCCAGGAAGAUCCAGGGUCUCUAUAUACAUUUGAAAUUGUUAUCACAAGAAUAAAAGCUGAUCUAAGGCCGGUGGUGGACCUAAUGGACAGAGGGCCCUGGUGCAAGAAUUUUUUUUUGAGCUUGCCAAGACAUCCUGCACUUGCAUAAAAGCAUAUCACUUGUUUAUGUAUAUAUAUAUGUAUGUUUGUAUGUAUAUAUGUAUAAAGACAACAUUAUAAAAAUGUAUAAAACCAUGUGCACUUACAUCUA